AUGUCCAAUCUCGCAGAGUCCGACAACGUGCCACUACCCCCAGCGGUCAGUGGACAGGAGACAGCCAAAGAUCUGGUCGCAGGCGCCGCCGGAGGAGUCGCUCAGGUGUUAAUUGGGCAACCAUUCGACUUGGCCAAGGUCCGUCUCCAGACACAGACAGGAAGCAGCGCCAUCUCGCUUGUGAGUCAGAUUUGGCGUAAGGAGGGACCCCUAGCGUUCUACAAGGGAACAUUAGUACCCCUCGUGGGUGUCGGAGCAUGUGUGAGCAUUCAAUUCGGCGCCUUUCACAGUUUCCGUCAGCUUCUCGAAGCACAUAAUGCACGCCAAAACCCCAAAAACGGUCCCGGUCUCUCCCUGGCCCAGUUCUACCUUGCAGGCGGCUCAGCCGGUAUCGUCAACAGCGUCGUCUCAGGCCCGGUAGAACACAUCCGUAUCCGACUACAAACUCAACCACAUGGGUCCGCACGAUACUACACUGGUCCCUGGGACUGCGCACGGAAGAUUAUCAGACAGGCGGGCAUUGCUGGGCUUUACAGGGGCCAAGUCGUCACACUUUUCCGAGAGUUCCACGGAUACGGAGUUUGGUUCGCGGCAUACGAGGGACUGCUGGGGAUUGUGACAGAGCGACAGCAGAAGCGCAGAGAAGAGCUGCCAAACUGGCAGAUUGCCGUCUGUGGUGGGCUGGCGGGAGAGAUGCUUUGGUUGCUCAGUCAUCCGCUGGAUGUGAUCAAGAGUAAGAUGCAGAGCGAUGGGUUCGGGGACCGUCAGGCAUAUCGCUCCAUGAGCCACGCUUUUCACCAGACGUGGUUGACGGGUGGUUUGAGGGGGCUGUUUAAUGGUCUGGGCCCGGCCCUGUUAAGAGCAAUGCCAGUUUCUGCUGGUACUUUCGCGACGUAG